ACAUAAGACAGUGACUCCCCUCCUCAGGGGUAAAGUGGUGAGUACCUGAGAGGAGUCGCUUCAGCACCAAAAACAUGAGAGUCUUCGUAGCAUUAGCGUGCUUGCUGGUAAACUGCCUGGCCCAGAAGCCUCAGCCGUGUGACUGGCCGCCUAAGAUGACCGGGGAGGCCAUGGUGAACUUUACAUAUGAUGACAACUGGGUCAAAAUGAGAUUCGUGUACGAUGCAGUGGGACAGCGGAUGAGGAUCUUUGAGAAUAUAACUCAGGAUAAUGAGACUAUCAAUACUGAUUCUCUUCUUCUCUUCAAAGAGGAAGUCGCGUAUGACAUCAACGACCAGAACCGUACCUGCAAAAAACUCUCUUUCAAGGGAGACUUCAACCCUCUGGGCGUCCCAAAAGACGCCUCUCUGCUGAGCCAGGUCGUCCUCGGCAGCUCAUCUGGACCUGGUGAAGGACUCUUGGUCAACAUGUGGUCGGGAAAUCUGCCUGAUGGAGGAGAUAUUAUAAGAACAGUGACUGCAGUUGGAUGCAUUCCUGUCAGCCUAAUCUAUAAGGUCAAAAUCGAUGAACAAGUCGUCGGAUGGACGGUGCAGAGCUUCUUCAACAAUGUCAUCGGGAUUCCAGACCCUAGUCUGCUCAGUCCCCCGUCCUUCUGCAAGGAUGCAAAAAUGAUGAACACCAAGGAGCAGGUGGACUUCUUCAGUCUGUUCCUCCACAAGAAGUAAGAGCCUCCAUCAGCCAACAUGUCCAACCAUCAAGAAGAUUUUUGAUAAAUCAAAUUUAGACUCUGAUUUGUAUUUUUGCUGUCUGUAAUUUACAUCAUUUAUGAUGAAAAUAUGCAACUCCAAGCUUUCUUUAUUUGAGUAUAAUACAUUGAAAAAAAUAUGAGGAUUUCACAACAGUUUUACUCUGCAGUAUCGCUCAAAUCUGAUGGUGGGCAUUCAGAUGUGUUCAUACUUGACAUUUAAAGUGUUCAGUGACCCCUAUUAGAGUUUAUUUUUAAUCAAGACUCAAAAAAUGUGAUUGUAACUUUCUACUUGAUGUAUUUUAUCAUGCCAAAAUGACUUCAGCUUUCUUUUGUGCAUAAACAGUUUGCAGGUUUGCUCAGUGCAAAAGGUGCUGAAUUGGUUUUUCUCCUCUGUAAAGCAUACCUUUACGGUGGCCCUGAAGGUCAACUGCAAAAAUAAAAGUUCAACUGAAUAAAACUAAAUGAAAAAAACUCAUCAUGAAAAGUAAAAAAAUAAAUAAAUAAAUACUAAAAUGUGUUGACCUGUAGAGGGUGUUGAGGCUUUUGGCGGCGAUUUUGGUCAUGUUUUGACUUCUAUUUGAUUAUUUUGACUGUGUUAAAGGUCACACAUUUUACCCCUUUAAAACAGGUUUAUAUUGGUCUCAGAGGUCCCCAGAACAUGCCUGUGAAGUUUGUUGCUGAAAAAACACUCUAGUAUUG